AUGCUCAAAUGCAAGUUUUUCGACGCCGACCAUUUGACCAUCAACCGAGAGGAGGAUGGCCUCCUCAAAACGUCGGACUUCACCGAGAUCAGAAGCGGACGGCUCAACGACGGUGUCAUAAAUACGGAGGUCGCCAUCAAAAUGCUUCGAAAGCCACAAGGUUCCGACCACGACCCGAUUGUCGAACUUGGAUGGGAAGCCGGUGUCUGGGAGCUCCUCAGCCACAAACGGAUCCUCCGGCUGAUCGGCGUAUCGAUCGGAUACGACAUCGCUCCUGCGAUGAUUUCCACUUUUCAACCCCACCUCGAUUUGGAACGGUAUAUCGAAGGGCACCCAGAAACAGCAAAGCCAACCAAGGUCCGCUGGAUGAAGGAAAUUGCAGAAGGCCUCGAAUAUCUCCACAGCAAAAACGUCAUCUACGUUGACGUCAAGCCCAACAAUACCUUGGUGUCGCUGGAUUUGUCGAUCCUCCUCACAGACUUUGGAUGCUCGUUCAAGCUCCAUGGGACCAAGACCGGAUAUGAAGAGCUCAGUCUCGACAGGGGUCAGCAGCCAUAUGGUACCUAUUACUAUAUGGCCCCUGAACGAGUGAGAGCUAUCGGACCGAUCCGCCCCAACAAGUCCUCAGACGUAUAUUCGUUUGGCAUAACAUGCUGCGAUAUACUGAUCAACUGCGAAAAUGUCUGGCCUCGAGAAAUCGACGAACUCAAAGACAUUCAAGCCAUUUACGAAACUGGGGCGACUAUUGAAAUUCGGGAAUUCAACAUUCCUGGUCUCGAGGACGUUCUCGAAGGCUGCCUCCGGAAGAAAGCAAGCAAGCGUCCCAAGGCCGCCGAACUUAUCCCAGAGUUCACUCGUAUCUUGGAAUCGUUCGAACGGACAUCGCCAUCGGAUUCAAGCGUCUCAUCGGUCAGCGUUUCGGGCGAAAAUGAACAACCCGUUGAAGAUCAUUCGGAGUCAUCAGGUAUGUCCACACGCCCAUUUGCCACUCGUAAAUGA